UGGCCGUCGAAGGUACCGUCACCCAGUUACGUCAGCUUACCCAUAGGUCCUGCUCACGGGAGUAUAAAAGCCGAAAACAACCCGUCUGUGGUAUCAUUCGCAUUACAGACGUACAGAUCAAGAGAUCUACCGAUCGAGCAAGCAGCAAUGGCCUUCAAGUUUAUCGCCUUCGCCACCCUGGUAGCAGCCGCCAAUGCCGGGAUCUUACGGGAAGCUCCUCUGUCCUACGCCCCCGCCGCUCCCUUAACUUACACCCAUGCCGCUCCAUUCGCUUACUCUGCGCCAGUUGCCGUGGCAGCCCCCGUCGCCAAGGCAGUGGUCGCGGCUCCAGUGGCUAAGGCUGUGGUUGCCAAGACCGUGGACGCCGACUACGACCCUCAUCCCCAAUACAGCUACGCCUACGACGUGCACGACAGCCUGACCGGCGACGCCAAGAGCCAACAGGAGAGCCGCGACGGAGACGUAGUCCAGGGUAGCUACUCCCUCCUGGAAGCUGAUGGAACUAGACGCAUCGUCGACUACACCGCCGACCCCGUCAACGGAUUCAACGCCGUCGUUCGGAAAGAAGCUGCCGCCGCCGCUCCUAUCGUUGCUGCCGCACCUGUAGCCAAGAUCGCCGCUGCUCCAGUUGCCUAUGCUGCACCCUUUGCCAAGAUCGCAGCUGCCCCAGCUGUGGCCUACGCUGCUCCAGUCGCGAAAUACGCCGCUGCCCCCGUUGCUUAUGCUGCCCCAGCCCACGCUUACAUCCACUGAAUCGAUUUGUCGUCUUUAGGAAUAAUGUUUGUCAAAUAAAUUACGGUUUUUUUUAGCAACUGCA